AUGGCCGGACUGGAACACAGACAGAUUCGCUAUGCAGCGGAGAGCGAGCUGCAGAUAGUCGACGUCUGGGAGCUGCCCGAGAGCGAGCGCACGGCAGCCGCGACGAGCGACCGGUACUGGUUCAUAUAUGUUCAUGGCGGCGCAUGGCGUGAUCCUCGAUGCUUGACCGAUACGGCCGUGCCGGCGAUCAACCGACUGCUGGCCGAGGACCCGCCCUACAUGAGUCGCAGCCGCAUCGCGGGAUUUGCAUCCAUUGGCUACCGCCUGUCUCCGCACCCCGAGUUCCCACAGGACCCCAAGACGACGCCUUUGGAGGAACUGCGCGCUGCAAAGCACCCAGAUCACAUAGAUGACGUACGCGCGGGUCUGGCGGCGCUGGGCCGCGAAGGAUUGUCAGCGGCCGGCUCGCCAGCCGACUACAUCGCGCACGACCGGUACAUUGUCUACGGACACUCGUGCGGCGCAUUCCUGGCGUUCCAGCUGUGGAUGGGCGACCUCGGCGAUAAGACACUCCCCUGCGUCGUCGGCCUUGAGGGCAUAUACGACCUUCGCGGGCUGGUAGAGCGAGGCGGCAACCCUGCGCACGGCGGUGGACCCCGGACAGGGUUUGCGUCGGCGCUGGAGGCCAUUGCCGAGGGAGCAUUUGGACGCGACCGCAGCUUGUGGGACACGGCCAGUCCAGGACAGUACGACUUCUCGACGCUCGCCAAGGCGACGAAACCGCGCCUGGCGCUCGUGGCCUACUCGGACGAGGACGAGCUGGUAGACGGCGGCGAGAUGGACACAAUGGAGAAAACACUACAACAGGGUGUGGCAAAGAGCAACGGGCAGUUGCGUUACGUGGGCUUGCGGGAUCUGCACGGGCGGCACGACGAGGUGCACGAAGACGGACGCGAGGUAGCAAGGGUGUUGACAGAAGCAGUGCGACAGCUGGAUCGUCUGUCAUAG